AAAAACAAUUAUUUGGCAAUUAUUUACAUAUAGUGUUACACUGUGUUUGACACAAAAAUUGUCGACGGAUUGCAACAGUCGUGUUCAGCAACGGGUGGACACAAAUUUAGGUCGUAUUAUGACAAUUGGCAGCUAUAGGAAAAUGCCKGAAAAUAUCGGACAAAUGAGAAGAUAUUGUCAAGAAAACAUGGAUAUGUUGAAUGUCAUCAAGAAUUAUACCGACAAAUGUUUGGAUCAUUUGCCUAAACAGGUGUCUCAAGUGUUCAUCUAUACGGAGGAGAAGAUAGUGUUGGACACCGUAUGUCGUAAGGACUCUAAGCAAAGGCGAGAUAUAUUCAGAGCGAGUCCCUGUGCUAAUGCCGGGGCCAAUGAGUUCGUCAAAUGUCAUCAAAAUCUCAUCGACGCUAUGGUUGCACUCAAAUCAGUCAAAGACGAUAGACUUAAAAUACCAUUUGUUUGCUGUGAAAGUUGGAAAGUAAGGGCUUGUAUGGUUCAGUCGGGCAAACGUAUUGAUCAAUGCGAUAAUAAAAAGAUUGAUAUUAUAUUGAAAUACAUGGACUCAUUGAAUGACAAWGUAUUGGAUUUGCUAUGCGGUGGUUAUGAAGAGGGCACCGAUAGGUGUCUCAAAUUAGGCGAAGCACCCAAACUAUCACUCACUCAAAGACGGACUAAAAGUUUCCUCUUUCCUGUCAUUGAAAUGAUGAAAGACUUUCCCAGAAUUCAAGGAUAA